CGGGCUGCAGUGUCGGGCAAGAUGGCGGCGGCCAUACUGAGGACGGUCGGCAAGCUGCGUCCUUCAGCUGUUCUUCUGAAUAAUAAUCAAAUAACGCCGGGAUGCGCGCUGCUGUUUAACAGACAGAAGCAGUGGCAGCCAGAUGUGGAGUGGACGGAGCAGUAUGCGGGGGCUGUCAUGUUCCCCAGCACCAUUACGGAGAAAUGGGCCCCCCCGCCCUGGAACGAUAAGGACCCGCCGAUGGAGAAGGAGGUGUCGAACCUGACGAUAAAUUUUGGGCCGCAGCACCCGGCGGCUCACGGCGUUCUGCGGCUGGUUCUGGAGCUGAGCGGCGAGUCGGUGAAGAAGUGCGACCCGCACGUGGGUCUGCUGCACCGCGGCACCGAGAAGCUCAUCGAGUACAAGACCUACCUGCAGGCUCUGCCGUACUUUGACAGGCUGGACUAUGUGUCGAUGAUGUGUAAUGAGCAAGCGUACUCAUUGGCUGUGGAGAAGCUGCUGAACAUCCAGGCUCCGCCCCGUGCUCAGUGGAUCAGGGUGCUGUUUGGGGAGCUGACUCGGAUUCUGAACCACAUCAUGGCAAUAACGACCCACGCCCUGGACAUCGGCGCCAUGACACCCUUCUUCUGGAUGUUUGAGGAGAGAGAGAAGAUGUUUGAGUUCUAUGAGCGGGUGUCUGGCGCUAGGAUGCACGCUGCCUACGUCAGGCCUGGAGGAGUUCACCAGGACAUGCCCCUGGGUCUAAUGGAUGACAUCUAUGAGUGGUGCAAGAACUUCUCUCUUCGCAUUGACGAGGUGGAAGAGAUGCUGACUAACAAUCGCAUCUGGAAGAAUCGCACAGUUGACAUCGGAGUGGUCAGCGCUGAGGAUGCCCUCAACUAUGGCUUCAGCGGUGUGAUGCUCAGGGGUUCAGGUAUUAAAUGGGAUCUGAGGAAGUCUCAGCCAUACGAUGUGUAUGACCAGGUGGAAUUCGACAUCCCAAUUGGGAGCAAAGGAGACUGCUACGACAGGUAUCUCUGCAGGGUGGAGGAGAUGCGUCAGUCUCUCAGGAUUAUGCUGCAGUGUCUCAAUAAGAUGCCGGAGGGAGAGAUCAAGGUGGACGACGCUAAGGUGGCCCCGCCCAAGAGGGCGGAGAUGAAGACCUCCAUGGAGUCUCUGAUCCAUCACUUCAAACUGUACACUGAGGGCUACCAGGUCCCCCCUGGAGCCACAUAUACUGCUGUGGAGGCCCCCAAGGGAGAGUUUGGGGUGUACCUGGUGUCUGAUGGUUCCAGCAGACCAUAUCGCUGCAAGAUUAAAGCACCUGGCUUUGCUCACCUGGCUGGUCUGGAUAAAAUGGCCAAAGGGCACAUGCUGGCUGACGUGGUUGCCAUCAUCGGUACUCAGGACAUUGUGUUUGGCGAAGUGGAUCGUUAAUGACAGACUUCAGUUAACCCUUUAACCUCCUGCUUCAGUGCUUCACUUUCACUCUGACAUAGAACCGUGCAGUGUAGCU